AGUCGCUGCUCCCUCCCUCAGCCGUCCGCACCGUCGCAGCCGAUGCUCUCCUCACCUCAAUGCACUGGCGAAGCGCGCUCUCAGGAGCCUGUGCACGAGGCGGGAGGUAUGCGCGUCAGCUGCCGGCGAGUCAGUGAGGGUCUCUCUACUACCGGCUGCGCACAGACCCGGUAGGGUAGGGAAAUGAAAUAGAAGUCACCAACUUGCAAGGGCAAUUUAUAUGUUUCCCCUUUGGAAGGACCGGAAGUCUUUAUUUUGCCUUUCUUUUCGUAUAAGCUGUUGCACUGGAUCUUUUUUUCCAUUUCUAAAAAACGGGAGCAAAAAAAUGGAUUUCGACGAGAAAUUAACUAUACAAUACUGUUAAAUUGCACAAUUGUAUUGCUGCACAACGACUUGGGCAAGAGCGGAUGCUGAGGUUUGGUGCCUUGAUUUAAAACAUUUUAUGUUAGUACUUUCGCUGGAAUUGGAAUUAUACGCAUGGAGAAGCCCACGCAGCCACAGUCUCUGGUUCAGCUGACAAUGUCCAAGAGCGCCGAAAGUCCAGCGGAGGACAUCUCCAAGCUGUCGGACGAAGAUCUGCUGAAGUGGAGCAAGGAGGACCUAGUGCGGAGACUCCGAAUGGCGGAAGCCGGCAAGAUGAGUAUAAUUUUGGAACACGGGAAUUUGAUCCGUGAGGUGAACCGCAGCCUCCAACUGCACCUGAACGAGAUCAGAGGACUAAAGGACGUGAACCAGAAGCUGCAGGAGGACAACCAGGAGCUGCGCGACCUCUGCUGUUUCCUGGACGACGACCGGCAGAAGGGCAAGCGCGUGUCGCGCGAGUGGCAGCGGCUGGGCCGCUACAGCGCCAGCAUCAUGCGCAAGGAGGUGACGCUCUACCUGCAGCGGCUGAAGGAGCUGGAGCUCCGGCAGGAGGAGGUGCUGAGGGAGAACCUGGAGCUGAAGGAGCUGUGUCUGAUGCUGGACGAGGACCGGGGCCCCGGCGGCGCCGGGGGAGGCGUGGCGGGCGUGCCGGCGGGCUGUCGAAACUCCAUCGAUAGUCAGAGCAGCCUGCUGGUCCCGGGGACGGGGCUCCUGCGGGACGUGGGGGACGGGAGCAGCACCUCCAGCGCGGGGAGCACGGACAGUCCGGACCACCAGCACCACAAGCAGCAGCUGCCCGACCACCACCUGCAGAGGCCCCGAGCCGGGAGCCACGGGGUGGGGGGCGAGGGGCCCAGCCCUGAACACCACCCGGGCCGGCUGAGGAGCACCAGCCUGGACUACCCCUUCACCAUCCCGCCCCUGUCCCGGCCCCGCUGCGGCUCCGUCUCCACCCCCGACCACCGGUCCCUGCGGGGCCACAGCCCCGAGAAGCUGGGCAAGGCCGUGGGGCGGAGGAGCCCCGAAAAGCUGCUGCUGGGGCCCGGGCCGGGGAGCCCCGACCACUACCCCAAACACAGGGGCAGCGUGGGGAGCGCGUGCGGGAGCCCGGAGCCCCGCUCCCUCCCCGGGACGCCGGACCACCUGCAGAAGGGCCGCAUGGGGCUGGGGAGCCCCGAGCCGCACAGGCACCAGUACGGCCCGGGAGGGGAGCACGUGAAGUUCGGCAGCCCCGGCAGGGAGGCGGGGCAGCGCAGGCCCGGGGGGGAGGAGCUGACGCAUCACCGGAGCCUCUAUAACGGCAUGAACGCCUUGAUAUCAGCCGGCUGCUGCACCACAAACUGUAGAAGUGUAAAGCUUUGGGACAGCUUCGACGCGUCUUCUUGACCAUAGCCCCGCCUGGAGGUUGGCGGUGCGAUGUUUUCGCCCAACCCCUCGGAGGCCCAGGUGAACCCCCCCCCCCCCCUCUCCGGCCCUCUCUGAAUUACCGCAUCGACGUCGAGGACAAGGGCCGGACCCCGCUGAUCGAAGCCCUCCUCCCGCUGGGGCCACAGUCUUCAUACCUUCAUACCUCUCUCUCACGUUCCAUUCCCACAUAUCAAAACGAAGAGCCUGGCGUCGCCGUCCUGUUAGGAGAAGGACUAAAUCCCCACGACUGCCAAGUGGAUUAAUGGAGCGAGACACUGGAUUUUCUCUGCCAACUAAAAAAAAAAAAAGAAAAAGUUUCCUACCUCUCGUGAAGACAAAAAAAAAACCACAACAACAAAAAACAAAGAAGUGUUGGAAACGAUUGAAGUGGGACGCAAAAAAACAGUCCACCCUAUUGUUUACAGUCAACCGAAGCGAUUAUACACCGGGGUAAUUCAUCUUCUGGUAAUUCUCUCUCUCUGUCUCAGUCUACUGCUCUCUCUG